AUGGCACCCAAGGAGGACACCGGCGAGUGGCCGCAGUGGAUGAACGUCUUCAUGACCUGCAUGCAAGUCUUUACGUUGGCUACUGCGGCGGCCUUUACGACGUUUGGCGUCGCGUAUAUCAUCAGGAGCUGGGGUGACAGGUUUGUCGAGUACGAUGACCGAGUGUGUUUCGGAUACGGCUGGGCCAUCUUCAGGGGUGCGAUCAUGUACAUCACCACAUUGAGCGUGGGGUGGAUCACCAUCUACGUGGUUGCCGACGUGUUCGCCAAGGCCGCCAAGCAAGACCCCGUCCACAUCAGGUUCACCGAGGCCAUGGAGCGUAUCCUCCCUUACGCGAUGGGGGGAAUGUGGGUCGGUCACCUGCUUCGUUUCUUCAUCUCCAUGCCCGAUCUCUCCUUUGUCCUCAUUCGCGGAUGGUUGAUUACGGUCGUUGCCACAAACGGCCCAACUUUGGCGCUGUAUGUCCGUGUCCGCCAGAUCUGCGAGCGCUACGAGCAGGCUCGCAAGGCCCGUCUGGCCGCCAAGUCGCGCGUCAAGGAGGAGGCCGCGCAAUUGUCGUAG